AAGAGGAGCACACCCAUAUCAGCAAUUAUCAGCGCGACAGCAGCUAUCUCCAGAUAUACCGACAGGAAGAGAAGCGCCGCCAGUCGUCCUGGACCAGGGGGAAAAACAAAACAAAAAAACAACUAACAGAUCUUCAGUUCUUUCCUGAACGGCGAAGCGCAACUUUUACGCACGGGAAGCGGGCGACAGUUGGAGAGGCUCCGCGGCGCGCGCUCCUUCGCCAGUCUCUCUGAGUGGAGUGACACGGGGUUUGGCCGCUGCGCUCCUCUGCACGCGGAGGUUUGGACGGCUCGAGGACCCGGACUGCUUUAUCGGCCGACCCGUCCUUAUCUGGAAAGGACUCUCCAUGAGAUUUUCUUAUUAAGUCUCUGUUCACAAAGGCACUGAAAAACAUUCUGACGAGAAGCUGAAAAGUCUUUACGCGUGGACAGCAUCAUCUCCACGGGACUAAGAUCAAGUCUAAGAAAAUCUUCCAUAUACAUUUUUUCCAUAUUCCUGACAGGACGUAGACGCGGUGAAGAUGUAUCAAAGCCUGUCCCUGUCCUCCAACCAGUCCCCGUACGCGCACGACACCGGGAAUUACAUCCACCCCUCGGCCAGUUCCCCGGUCUACGUCCCCACCACCAGGGUCCCGGCCAUGCUGCCCACCCUGUCCUACCUGCAGACGUGCGACUCGCCCCACCAGUCGCACCACGGCCUCGGCGGGCACCACGGCUGGCCGCAGACCGCCACGGACGGCUCCUCGUUCGCGCCCGGCAGCCCUCACCCUCACCACGGCUUGUCCUACUCGCACAGCCCGCCAGUCAGCAGCAACACCGGCCGCGACGCCACCUACCAGAGCCCGCUGGUCCUCGGAAACGGCGCCCGGGCGGACCAGUACGGCGGCGCCCUGGUGCGCUCCGUCGGCGGCUCCUAUUCUAGCCCUUACGCCUACGUGAGUCCGGAGAUGGCGACGUCCUCCUGGACGCCCGGACCCUUCGAGAGUGGAGUGAUCAGUCUGCAGGGCCGGCAGUGCGGUAUGUCCGGGAGAAGGUCCAGCCUUGACCUGAUGGACAUGGACAUGCCGUGCGAGGGCAGGGAGUGCGUCAACUGCGGCUCCGUGUCCACGCCGCUGUGGCGCAGGGACGGCACCGGCCACUACCUGUGCAACGCCUGCGGCCUCUACCACAAGAUGAACGGCAUCAACAGGCCGCUCAUCAAGCCGCAGAAGCGCCUGCAGACCACGCCCCGCCGAGCAGGCCUGUGCUGCACUAACUGCCACACCAGCACCACCACACUGUGGAGGCGCAACGCAGAGGGAGAACCCGUGUGUAACGCCUGUGGCCUCUACAUGAAACUGCAUGGGGUGCCCAGACCUCUGGCCAUGAAGAAAGAGAGCAUUCAGACCAGGAAGCGCAAACCCAAGAUGCCCAAGAAUAAAACAUCCACAGGAGGAUCCUCCACCUCUGACACCGGCUCCCCACCCUCCCUGUCGAUCUCCGAACACGCCUCCACCAUCAAGAGCGAGCCCAGCAUGGCCCCCUCGCCGUACGCUGGACAGACGGUCACGUCCGCCACUCAGACGGCCUCUCAGCUCGACAGCACAGGAUCAGGACACGUGGACAUUAAAUAUGAGGAUUAUCCCUUUACCCCGACCUCCAUGGCCCCGCACCACUCCUGGUGCGCCCUGUCUCAAGCCUGAGCCGACUGGCCGUACAUGGACAGGACACUCGGGCCUGGGCACACAGCCACCGCGCCGCCCUGCCGCGCGAGAAACAGUGUGGCACACGCAUCAAAUGGGGUUCACGCAGUGUCUGGCGGCUACGUGUGUUCACGCCCCCUCGGCGUGAGGACAUCUAAUCUGCUGGCUAUAUGUUAUAUGCUGUACUGUGUCACACUAAAUGAAAAGACUCAGCUGGGCUCACCCGGACCAUACUUCAGUUUGACAAGGACACAGGGUACCUGAGCAUCGCAUCGUCCCCAGGAGAGAACACAGUCGCACCAGGACCUGACCCAUGCUCUCCGGAACCCCUUGCAUAUUUCCUCAGCACAAUGACAAGAGCUACCUAUGUAUUACUAAAAGAAAUCUCUAUUGUGGGACAAACUAUGCACCAAAUAUACCGACGUGAAGACAAUCAAGUGGAAUGUAAAAAAUACCGUGCCUUUUUUUUUUAAUAGCAGAUAAGCAAUUGUCUUGUUAGUUCUAACUUUUCAUUGCUCUCUGUGCUGUUUUUGUUUCUGUGCUGUUUUCGAGAGCACAAAUGACAAGCAUCGUAUCGUUAUCUCGAAGAGAAAACCGUAAAAUGGAGAGAAAAUACCCCCUUUAUUGCUGUUGAACAUGUCUCAUUACCAGCGUGUAGAUGAUUAACUUUUAUGGACACAUUAUUUAUGUUGAGAUAAGGACAGUAAAAUCAUAACCCACCGCUCGAUGGCGUGUUGUGCUGUACGGCCUCCGAGCUGUGACGCUCCGAUCAUAUGCGUGAUUUGCUUUUUUGCGGGACGCAGCAGAUUUUAAGCUGCACCUUGCGAGAUUCAUUUGAACAUCGGGACCAGUCGUCGUGACUACAUAUCAGAAGUUUUAAAUUGUUUCACUUCUUUGACAUUUUACAUAAAUGAAAGUGCAAUGAAUCGGUUCCCCUUUGUCCAAAAAAAACUAAAGGCCAAACACAGAGAGUGAGAAAAUUAUUUUAAACAUAUUAAUCUAUUUUUAUCGUCUGUAUUUUGCCAACAUGUAAGGGAAUUGCAUUGUUAUACUGUUCUUAAGAACUCUCUGCUUUCGCACCCCCCCCCCCCCCUUUUUUUUUCAAUGCUCUUUGGAAUCUGUUCAGGUUAAUAAACUGAUUCACAUUUUAUAUCGGUGUAAAAACGUUUGAUUUCCAAAAAGUAGAGCGGACCUCAGCUCACAACACUGUGUGUGCAGUGUGUACUGUAAACCUCACGCCCUGACACCUUCAGAGACGUGCUAGCGACAGAUAGGGUUUUUUCAGAUAGGAUUAUAAUCAUAAUCGAUUAGUCUGCCGAUUAUUUUCUCAAUUAACUGAUUAGUUAUUUGGUCCAUAAAAUGUCAUAGAGUGGUGCUGUCAUAGAGUAGCAUACACACCAGAAGAUAUUUACAUUUAAGAAUCUGAAAUCAGAGAAUUUUGACUCAUUUUUUUCAUAAAAACUAUUUGACCAAUUAAUCGAUUAUCAAAA